CGACGCCCCGAUUCCAAAUUCCAAAGUCGCCACGGGAUUCCGAGGUCGCAAUCUACCCAAUCGAUACACGCGUAUAUAUACCCACCCCGGCCGGCCACUAACUACAUUCCUUCCUCCUCUCGCGAUCGCCGGCGCGCCAUGCAUUCCCAGACGCCGGCGAAGCCCAAGGCCAGCCCUGUCCGUAGCCGCCCGCAGCUGCCUGCUUCUGCUGCUGCUGCGGCGGCGGCGGCGGUGGAGCCUCCGUUGCAGCUGCAGCAGCUCCACACAACCCCUCCUCCACCGCCGCCGCCGCUGAUGCCGGCGGGUGGAGAAGUGACCGGCGGUAGCAAGGCGGCCAAGAAGCGGGGCAUGCAGAAGCUGCUCAAGUCGGCGUUCAAGCGCGGCGACCACCACGCGCCGGCGGGCGCUUCCUCUGGGGGUGGUGAGCAAUCCGGCGACGACGAGGCGGCGGCGGCCGCAGCGCAGGACCUCAGCCGGUCGUCGUCGUCGUCCACCGGCGGGAGCAGCGGGAGGAAGGGGCGCAAGGGCGACAGCUCCGUCGAAGGCGACCUUUCUAGUCGUGACAGCCUAGAGCUACAAGAGUCCAAGAAUGUCAAGGGGGCAGCCGCAGCGCUGCGAAACGCCAAGCUCAGCCACUCCUACGAGGCAUUCCCAUGGGAGAGGAAGAUGAGGGAUCUUCUGCAGGUGGCCGGCGCCAGCGGCUUCCUGUCCCUGCUGCUUCUGCCUCGGGCGACCGACGAGACCCAGACCAAGUUCCACUCCCUGGAGGACACACUGGCCAGGGCUGAGUCCUGGCUCAUGUCCUCCCAGAUGUCAGGUGUCCCAAUUGUCCCCAUGAAUGUGCAGACAGAAGCACUUCUCACCAAGAUAUGUGGGGACGUGGCAUCGUCAACGGUGAACAUGAACUCCCUAGGUGACCUUGCAAACAUGGCAACGGUGAGCCUCUACGGGUUUGAGGACUACCAUGGCGUCGACAUUGGCGUCGUCAGGGCGAUCCGGCUAUGGUAUGCUCCUUUUGCAGGGGAGAUGGCACUGGAGAUCAAACUGCAACCGGGCGACACCAGGCUGGGUUUUGCCAUCAGCCGCACUGAAGAGGGGUUCAUCUACGUGUCGUCGGUGGCGGAGGAGAGCACGCCGGGGGUGGCGUCGACGCGGUCGGGGCUUCUGGAGCUGUACCGGCGCGCGCGGCGGGCGUCGAAGCUCCUCGUCGUCUCCCGCGUCGGCGACGACAAGGUGCUCCCCUGGGCCACCUCCACCGCCGGCGACAUCCGCUGCUUCGACACCGUCUCGCUCAGCCAGCGGCUGUCGCUGCACCGCCACGCGCUCCGCCCCGUCACCCUCCACUUCCUCAUGUGGGAGCGCCUCCCGCCCGCCGCCGUCAUCAGGGGCGGCGCCGCCGCCAGGCCGACCGUGCAGAUGAUCGUGCAGGGCGACGAGGAGGGAGGAGGGGACGCGGCCGACGAGUCCACCGACGAGGUCGCCUUCGACGGCGACGGGCCGGAGAUCGUGCUCAGCGGCAAGGACGACUCCGACGACCGCUCAUUCAGGUUCCAGAACAUCGGCCUCCCGGAUAGCUGGCUGUGACCCGAGUUUUUACUUUUUACGUUGCUAGUUCGUUCGCUCGAUCGCCUCAUGAUGAACACUGAUCGAUUAGCCCCCUUGCAGUAAUAAUGGAACAUAAACUCGUCGAUUAACCAUUCAAAA